AUGACCGUCACAUACGAUCUGCCACGGAGUACUGCUCCUACAUCAAUGGCGACUCUUGAAGACAGAUUCGAGGUCAUGAAGGAAAUUGGAGAUGGUAGCUUUGGUAGCGUGGCCGUGGCACGGGUCCGGACGGCGGGAUCCAACAUUGCCCGGAGAGGGACAAUGGUCGCGAUCAAGACGAUGAAGAAGACUUUCGAUUCAUUGACACCGUGUUUAGAAUUAAGAGAAGUCAUCUUCCUCCGCACAUUGCCCAUCCACCCUCAUCUCGUUCCCGCACUUGAUAUCUUCCUCGACCCCCUAUCCCGAAAGCUCCACAUCUGCAUGGAAUACAUGGACGGCAACCUCUACCAGUUGAUGAAGGCACGAGACCACAAGGCUUUUGACGCCAAGCACGUCAAGAGCAUCCUCUACCAGAUUAUGUGCGGUUUGGAUCACAUCCAUGCUCACCACUUCUUCCACCGCGAUAUCAAGCCAGAGAACAUUCUGGUUUCUACGUCCGCCCCCAAUGACUCUGCCUUCAGUCGCUACUCCAACCUCGUUACUCCUCCUUCCACUCCUCCCACCUACACCGUCAAGAUCGCCGAUUUUGGUCUGGCACGCGAAACCCACUCCAGAAUGCCCUACACAACCUAUGUCUCGACCCGUUGGUAUCGGGCCCCUGAAGUCCUUUUGCGGGCCGGAGAGUACUCCGCCCCGGUCGAUAUGUGGGCAGUUGGUGCUAUGGCCGUCGAGAUCGCGACGCUCAAGCCUCUGUUCCCCGGUGGCAACGAAGUGGACCAGGUAUGGAGGGUUUGUGAGAUCAUGGGUAGCCCCGGAAACUGGUAUAGCAAGUCUGGUUCGAAACUCGGUGGUGGUGAAUGGAGAGAAGGGGCCCGUUUGGCCCAGAAGCUGGGGUUCACUUUCCCCAAGAUGGCACCUCAUUCAAUGGAGAGCAUUCUGCAGCCGCCUCAAUGGCCUGCGUCUCUUAGCCACUUCGUGACUUGGUGUCUCAUGUGGGACCCUAAGCAGCGACCGACAUCCACACAAGCCCUGAACCACGAGUACUUCGCAGACGCCGUGGAUCCAUUGCGUCCCAAGUCUUCGACUGCCCGUCUGCUGGGUCGGAAGCAAUCAGACAAGAGCUUCAAGUCCGCCAUCAAGGAGACAACCGACUCUCCAACUCUGUCUACCAAGCCGUCUUGGUUCCGACGGUCAUUCAUUGGAAAGACUGAGAACCAGGUACCUGCUGUGGAGACAGAACAACCAGCCCGGGCAGCUCCGGUCCCGUCUUACAAUGCGACCGUUGACGCACAGCCUGUCAACAAGGCCAAACAAGCACAAGCCAACUCGACUUUCACUCAUGACAACAGUAGCAACGCUACAAGUGUCACCUUUGCGGACAAUAAGGCAAGCAAGAAGAUUGGCAGACAACUAUCGCUGAACUCGCACGGCAACCACUAUGCCGACGUCCACCGGCAAGAGGCUGAGAAAGCACUCAACGGGGGUAACGGUGGAAUGGCAACCACAACAAAGGAGAGCUUCUUCUCGCACCUGCGCAAGCGUGCGCGGAGACUUUCUGGUCGCAAUCAAUCGCAUACUGCGAGCGACGACGCUGAGGCUAAUGCAGGUUGUAUGCCGUGGUCAAAUCGGUCGUCCUUGGCGCUGGAAUCCAACAACGAAGCAAAGCAAGGCUCUGAUCUUUCGGAGUUGGACAAGGCUCUUCAGAACGUCAAAUAUUCGCUCGAUACCUCGUCAAAGGGCAAUGUUCCGGUUCAGAUCACCUCCCCAAUCGAGGGCACCAAGCGCCAAUCGAUGCCCCAGGGCUCCAUUCGAUCCUCGAUAACAGAGAGUCCCAGCUCUACCAGCGGCUCUGCUGGGCCGACCUCUGGCCGGACCAGACGCGCCAUGCAGAUGUCUACUCACCCGGUGCACCGAUAUGAGACGCCCGAGGAGGAAGACGAGCUUUUGGACGAAGUGCUGCAUUCGGCUACGAAGGCUGCCAAGCGGUUGGCGCAACAGAACCAUACGUCUGAUGCCAACUACAGCCAUCAGCCCAUGGCCAAGGACAACACGCAGGCCUUGCCUAGUCCCUAUCCGACUCCUUCCCCUUCCGCCAACGGCGCCUCUUUCGGCCAGGACACGCCAUGCCGGAAAGAUGUGAAACCAGACAACCGUCAAUGGCCCACCCCACCUUACGAGGAGGGCUGGACGAGUCCGACUUCUGCCACUUUCCUUAGCAGUCCCACUUACAGGUAA